AUGUAUGCAGAACAAUCCAUUGUACAAUCUUUUUCAGUUAAUGACACGGCAAAUCCCUCUCUCACUUACACAACCACCGAGGAACUUAUAAGAGAAGCCGCAGAACUCUGUACUCAAAUUGUGCUUGAGCAAGACACAAUGGUCGAAAUAGAAGCGCCUGUAAAUGUACUGUUCCUAGUUUAUCAAAUAGGGAAGCUGCAUGGCGCAGGACGCUGCUCUCGAAAGGAGCUCAGCUGCUACAUUCAGGUCUGUGGCGAUAUACAUGGCCAAUAUUCCGAUUUGCUUCGGAUAUUCAAUCGAUGCGGCUACCCUCCUGACUGCUCCUAUUUGUUUCUGGGCGAUUACAUCGACAGAGGACGCCAACAAUUAGAAGUGAUCACUUUAUUGAUUAGCUAUAAAAUUCUUUAUCCAGAAUGCUUCUUCAUUCUUCGUGGGAAUCAUGAAUGCAAAAUCAUCAAUAAGGUUUACGGUUUCUAUGAUGAGUGCAAACGACGCUACUCUAUAAAACUGUACUACGUCUUCCAGGUCGAACACGCGUUCAAUCUUAUCUUACUUAUGGAUCUGUUUGAUUCGUUGCCGCUAUGCUCAUUAGUUAGUGGCCGAAUUCUGGGAAUGCAUGGAGGCCUCUCGCCGAAGUUGACGUCCUGGUCAAUGAUGGACGAUAUCGCACGACCUCUCGAUCCUGAGGAUAACUCGUUAGCAAUGGACUUGUUAUGGGCGGAUCCCGAUAAUUAUACCCAAGGAUGGGCAAGAAACACACGCGGAGUUUCAUAUGUUUUCGGAACUGAUGUGGUGAAAAAAUUCUGUCGCGAUAUGGACCUGGAUUUGGUGGUCAGAGCGCACCAAGUGGUCCAGGAUGGCUACGAAUUUUUCGCCGAUCGACGUCUCGUUACUAUAUUCUCGGCCCCAAAGUAUUUUCGCUCUUUUCUCUUCAGGAUGUUCUAUUACUCCAUGAGCUCCGUUUAA